GUCUUCUCUCCCCACGACACAUCCGCCACUUGCGCGCAAAUUCGUUCGUUAACACGACUGCCGGCCGGGCCAGCAGUCAUUACUUUCGCUAUCGUGGCGUACUGGUCUACACGCUUUCCAUUCCUUCGACGACACUUGGCCGUGCAGGCAUUGGCGCAAGAUCGAGCCUCUGAAACUCGUGCACAUAGCAACUGCGCCAUUAAUACCGAUCCUACAGCACUCUCGAACAACUCCUCUGGGCCGUAACGCACUGCUCGGCAUUUCCAGAUCCAAUUCCGUCGUACAGCUCGGUCGCACUUCAAGUUGUUCAACCUGACGACUCGUGCCGUGCGGCCUGUAGCUCAUUUCCUGGCGACUCACAACGACGAUAGCAGCAUUGUCAACGCAGGAUUCCCGCGACUGGUCGCUCUACAGAGGUCAGGCCAAAACCCUCGGCCUCGUAGCCGGGUUUCCUACCGCAAUGAGUCAGUACCAGGGAGGCGACGGCUCAGGGUUCCCUGGCUCGGUACGAAGGGCGCGCGAGCUGGCUGAAGCUGGGUUAUCGGACGCUACUCGCGAACGACCUCAAGCUCCUCGAAGUAUGCAAGGUAAAGAUGGCCAGAUAGCGGUUCCGAUUUCUCGACCAAGUCCGAUGCCUCAGUGGCCAUUACCCGGGUCAAUACAGUCGCCGGUGACACCAAACGUAGAGCCAUACCGUCCGCCCGAGGGAUCACGACCUCCACAGCGGCCACCGCGACCCAGUGUUGUGCCCUCCAUCUUGGAUGGGUCCAAAGUCCAAGACCACACACCCGUCUUUCAAUACACGCCUCAAGACAUGAGGUCGUCCCAGAUCUCCAUGACAGACACACUCGGCUCGCCUGUGGACGAGCGCGGAUCGCGUCCUUUAACACAGUCAUCCGUCGGGUCCAUUCCCGAUUUCCCACUUCCCGUCGCCGGCGGGCUACAACCACCGCCACAGACAGCUGGGCCGCCUCGGCGGAGCGUUAAUCUCGGGCCGCCACCCUCGUCCCGCAGAGGAGCUUCUUCGUUCUACUCGACCGCUUCCUUUGUCUCACCAAUUCCGGAGGAGAGCCCCCGUCGGUCUCGGUCUUCGAUUGCCUCUAGCGCCGCGAUCCCAUCAAGUUUUGGCAACGGCUCGCCUGGCUAUAGCCCAGAUGGUGCAUACUUUGAUGAUGCGAUCAUCGAGGAGUCUGUCUAUGGCGAUAGUAUCGAGGAAAGGGGUUUAGUCCGCAGUGCCAGCAUUGGGAAGCGGGGGAAGCCCUCAAUAGUCACAACCAAGGGUAUGGACAAGGCGGACCCUAUGCCCCGUCCCAACUCUAGGCUUGUGCCAAGCUCUUCGUCAAGGGAUGGAUCUUCGUUCCUUGAUGGGGCCUCUUCGUCUUCCGGUGACGGAUCAAUCAACAGAGCAAAGGCCGGCGGCAUUGGCCUCACCACCAACACCGUUCUCAGUGCAUACGAGGCUGCUAGCGCCAGCGAUCCAUCCACCAUCAUGUCUCCCAAGGGCCGUAUGUCUGCUCUGCGAAGGCCGCCGCGUCUCGACAUCGAUGCCGUACGCGAAGCAGAGGCCAGAGGUAGCCUUACCAGCUUGCCAGACUUGAUCAAACGUGCGACAAGACUUGCCGCAUUGAUGGACAAAGGUCGCAGACCAGCUAGUCGGUUUGACGAUCUCAUGUUCACCUCGGAAGAUGUUCAAGCGCGGCGUGACAGAGACUUUCGCGAUUCUGAGAAAUAUCAAUCCGGACUGUCAGACAUGCUGGCCGCUUUCCCCCCUCCUGCGGCUACGAGCCGCCAGAGCACACGGCAAAGCGCUGCUUGGCCAUUCGGACUCAGCGGAGGUGCGCCAAAUGCUCCCAUGGAUGAGAAGCGUCGCGCAGAAGAGGGCAAUGCACCAAAGAGGAAGAGAGGAUGCUGCUGCGGCCUGCCGAAAUGGGCGAUAUGCUUGAUCGUAUUGAUCCUGCUUUGCGUCAUCGCUGCCGCAGUCGUAGUCCCGCUCAAGCUCAUUGUCUUCAAAGACAAGCCUGCCACGCCGGCCGCUGCUCUAGAAACUUGUCAGAACCAAGUCAAUUGCCAGAACGGCGGCACCAACGUCAUCACCAACGGUGUGUGCGGAUGCAUUUGCUCCAAUGGCUUCACUGGCCCAACGUGUACGAUUGCAUCAUCCCAGGGCUGCACGACAACGACCAUCAACACGACGAGCAGUACGAGCGGACAGGUCACUUUGGGGCAGGCUAUUCCUCGCCUCCUGGAGGAAGCCCGGAGCAACUUUUCGAUUCCGUUGUCAACUUCGGAAGUGUUGGCCAAGUUCAGCUCGUCCAAUUUGACUUGUACCACACAGAAUGCCCUGGUCACGUUCGGGGGUCAGAAUUUGGAGCUCAGCGGCGCGCUGCUGCAGGAGGCCGUUGUGGACAACAACAACAACAUACCGACGAUCACGACCGUCAUCCCGGGUCUAGACCUGACACUCACUCUUCGUGCCAGUGAGAUUCUAGUCACCACGUUGACAGAGCCGACAACGCUGACGGGGUCUAUUUCAACGAUCCUGACUAGAGUCGUCACAAUGAGCCAGGACGUGUCGCGACCAUCUGGGUCACCGACCUCCACCGAUGGGUCAACGCCCACCUCAACACCUACAAAAACAUCCACAGGCUCGUCAAUGACACCGGCGCCUACCUCAACUUUCCAGGUCACCGAUACUACGCUCGACUUUGCGCGUGUUGCCGUUCUCUUCAUUCUGCAAGAGACCACCCUCAACCAGGUUGCUUCGUCACAGAACCUGCUGCAAAAGUUCUUCACCAAGGCUCGUCCUUCAGCAGGGGGCGUGACCGUGGAGGAGGCUCGCAAGGUCAGUCUGGGCCCCGGGAUGACAAUCGACUUUGUUGACCUGUUUAUCAACCUCGGCAACGGCAACAUUGGUGGAGGCCCGGCACCUAGUCGUCGCAGGCGACUGAAGCCAUGAGAUGACAUGGUUUUCUUUUUCCUUUUUCUUUAUCAUUUGUGACCCACACACUGUACAGACCAAGCUUCGAGAUCCCACAUGAGUGUCUCGAGAUGCUGGCCACAAAGGGGAGGCAUUCUUUUAUUCCAAUGGGCGUUUCAAGCCAUAUGAGCGGGGGACAAUAGCACCAACAAGAUCUGAACAGCGAAUUCAUUAGCAGCGCAGGCGUAGAGAUCCGGAUUCACCUUGAUACCACACCAUCUUGCAAGGGCAACUUUUGGAGGCCUUGUAUAUAGAAUGACAUAGCUACUGUUUAUACACAUUCUGUUGGAGAUAUUU